GGGAGGAAGGGGGACGAUGGCCGAGGGCGAAGGGGGCUGGAGAAAGCAGGAAGGCGCCCUGCGCUGCCUCCCUGCAACGGCCACGUGGUCCCUGGGCUCGAGAGGCUUUUUUGGAUCGCGGGAGGGUCACCUUUUUUGGGCAGAGCGGGCCCGCGUGAAGUUGCCUUGUCCUGGUCAAUGCACGCAUUUCCUUCCACCCCUUGGGAGGACGUGCGCGAAGACUGCGGUCUUCCUGGGCUGAUUCAGGCUAGCGUUGAGGCGGCCGAAAAAGCCGUGCCCCGCGAGCAGGCAGGCGGAGAUGCUGGGUUGCAUUUCCUUUGAAAAUCAGCCCAAAGAAGCUCCUUGCGAGCCGAGCAUCGCCCCGGCCGGAAAUAAAGGGUUCUCCCUCGCUUCCUCUCCUUGCCGGGUUAGUCUUCUGCUUGCAGGGAGGCUGGCGGGCUUGCUCAUUAGAAAGGGUGCGCUUCCCCAUUCAUGUCCUUGAAGUGGUGCAGUCCGUUCUUCCGCUGCGCUCGGCGGCGGGAGGGAAGCGCGAGGCAGGCUGCAUGAAAGCGAAAGGAGUAUGCCCACGCUGCCUGCCUUACUACAGAUUUCACUAGCCCCUGCUGAGGUCUGGCUCCAGAGUGCUUUGAGAGAGGCUGCAGCAGAGAGACAGCUGCUCCCUUGGCAGCUCCUUGGGUCACAAAAUGGCUGCACAGCAACACACAAACAACAUGGCUGCUCCUUCAAAAGAGAUAGAGGAUGUGAGAUGCCCAUUGCAGGUCCCAGUGAAAAUGGAAGCUCCCUGCCAAGCAGGUGGCAGUGCAAAAGAAGGAGAGGGAAAAUGCCCUGCCACCAUUCCGUCUGCAGCCAGUGAGGAUUUCACAAGAGUGGCGUCUAGGGUGAAGCAGGAGCUGGCGGAGGAGCCAGCGCAGAGCUGGGAGUGCCAGUGGCAAAGGGUGUUAGAGGUGAUGCCGGCUCCCUUCACCACUCCGGUCUGGGACAGCCUGCAGUUGCCUCCUUUGACUCAAGGGGGCAGCACCGAGGCCUACCUGGCCACCUUUGAGCGUGUCGCUGAUGCUUCCCAGUGGCCACGGGAAGAGUGGGUGACUCGCCUUGUGCCGGUCCUUAGCGGACAAGCUCAGCAGGCCUAUUUCAGCCUGGAUCCAAAAGACAAAGCUGAUUAUGGGAAGGUGAAGGUGGCUAUUCUGAGGCUGGAUGACUACCUCGCCAUGGAGGCGCACCGCCAGCGUUUUAGGCAUUUCUGCUACCGGGAUGCCGAGGGGCCCCGGAUGGCAUGCCAGCAACUGCAGGAGCUUUGCCACCACUGGCUAAAGCCUGAAAGCCAGAGCAAGGAGCAAAUCCUGGAUCUGCUCAUCUUGGAGCAGUUCCUUGUCAUCCUUCCACAGGAAAUGCAAGACUGGAUUAGGGAGCGUGGCCCAGAGACGUGCGAUCGAGCAGUGGCAUUGGCCGAGGAGUACCUGCAGGAGCAGCAGGAGACUGAGAAGUGGGCCCAACAGGUGAGGAAUGGCUGA